UCAUCCACACACACACUGCUCUGCGUAAAGCUCACACUGCUGUCUUUCCAUCGCUCGCCUCAUUCCUGAAAUGCAGUGAGAUGUAAGCUCUGUUUGUUAAAUCCGGUGACAGAGUGCAGUUUAAUACAGGCUGCUGUGGAGACGCUUUUCUGCAGGCGGGCUAUAGAGGAAACAACGUGCUUUGAAUGCAGAGCAGACUUUCUCUAGUGCCGCGCAGGCUCCAGUCAAAGCCAUUAAAAUAGAGAAAUUACUCCAACGGAGCGCAUUAGAGAUUCAUUUCAAUUAAAGGCUUCAUCUUACUGCCUUCCUUCGGAGGACAUCAGGCUCUGAGCUAUUCAAGAAGAAGACCGUUUACCUUCUGCGGGAGAGGGACAUUAAAAUAAAGCACAUCCGAGAAGAGCAGCUGAGGAGAGAUUCCGCGCUUGGAGAUGCUUUAGUGGUUUCACCGGACUCAUGGCUUCGCUUUACCAGAGAUUCACGGGGAAGAUUAGCACCAACAAAUCUUUUCCCCAUCCACCUGAAGCCAGUCAUCUCCUGGGUGGACAGGUUCCCGAGGAGGAGAAUAAGGCUGGGAAGAGUCCUCAUCACCCCUCAUCCCGACCCCCGGUCCAGUACCGCAAGAGAAACGCCUGCGAGGACGAAGACGAGCUGGUUGGCAGUAGCCCUCCACAGAGGAACUGGAAGGGAAUCGCCAUCGCCCUGCUGGUCAUCCUGGGCAUCUGCUCUCUGAUCGUCACCUCCGUCAUUCUACUCACACCAACUGAGGAUGACAGUCUGGCCUCCAAGAAGAAAGUCACGAUUGAGGACAUGUUCAGUGGGAAGCUCCAGGCACACGACCCUGAGGUGACAUGGAUUAGCGGCUUGAAUUCUUUCACGCUGGCUUAG